AUGGACAUGAGCGAAGAAGACUACAAGCUGGCAAAAGAAGCCCACGUAGCCAACUGCACGGGUGGAAGUAUCCAUGAGAUUAACCUGGUGUGCGCAUCUCUUGUGAGCGCUCAUAUGCUAUGGACAUCGCUCGUUCAAGCAAACAUCAUUCGCCGAGAUACCUUUACACCGGAAUUUCUCAUUUAUGUAUUACCAGUACUGGCUUGUUUGACGGUAGCGUCAGACUAUGCAGCAUAUGUCACCAUUGGCAUGGCAACGCUAGCGUUAUUCAUCUUUGCGUCAAGGAAAUCAACAACGGAAGCAGACACAACCAAUAAGGAGACCAAGGAGACAGAGCAUAAAUCUUAUUUGACCGUGUAUCGGGCUGGCACGAUGAUCCUGACAUGCAUUGCUAUUCUGGCAGUCGAUUUCCAGUUCUUUCCUCGUCGAUUUGCCAAGGUUGAGACAUUUGGAACUUCGUUGAUGGAUGUGGGUGUGGGUUCCUUUGUGUUUUCAUCAGGUGUCGUUGCAUCAAGAGCUUACACUCAUCCACAACAGAGCCGAGCCUUUAUCAAGAGCUUUGUCAAGUCGAUUCGAUCUGCAUUUCCCAUCCUCGUUUUGGGGUUUGCGCGCUUCUUCCUGACAAAGAGUGUCAAUUAUCAGGAACACAACUCGGAAUAUGGACUUCACUGGAAUUUCUUCUUUACGCUUGGAUUCUUGCCACCCUUUGUCACUACGUUGAGCUUUUUGAGACGAUUUGCCUCUUUCUCGGUGCUUGCCACUGUGAUUGCAAUUGGAUAUCAAGUAGCACUGUGUCAAGGAUUACAGGAUUGGAUAUUGGAGGCACCUCGUGUGGACAUGAUAAGUGCAAACAAGGAAGGUAUCUGCAGUUUUGCUGGUUAUUUAUCCAUAUUCAUGUUUGGCCUUGAGUGUGGAAGCAUCGUAUUCCAGGGUGAUCUAUCGACCACGAGGAUCUCCAAAGUGUUCGGCAUCACACAACAAAAGCAGAUCCAACAGCUGGUGGUCCACUUGUUCACAUUCAGUGCAUUCAUGUGGGGUGGAUUUGGCCUGUGGAUCAGUGUGUUUCCCGAGUUUUAUGUCUCUAGACGCAUGGCAAACUUACCCUAUAUAUUCUGGGUAAUUGCCUUUAACCUGACAUUGCUCUCUUGCUUGGUUCUGGUCGAGUCUAAAUCCCAGAUCAGAAGAGGAAGCAGAGGCCCUCCCAUGCUGGAUGCAGUCAACGUCAAUGGACUAUUUACCUUUUUAUUGGCCAAUAUAUUGACAGGCACGGUCAAUUUGAGUAUCAGAACCUUGUAUGCAAAUGAUCUCCAAUCCGGUUUCAUCAAUGCUGCCUACAUGCUCAUUGUCACUGCAGUACCAUGGAUAAUGUGGAGAUCCUUCAACAUCAGGAUCAAGUUCUGA